AGAGAGCCGCUCGAUCGGGAGAGGGAGGGGCGGCUGCGCAGCAAGCGAAAAAGAAACCCGCUCGAGCUUCCCAACCAGCCUCCUCCUCCUCCCCUUCCUUCACCAGGCAGGCAGCAGAGAGAGAGGGGAUCUGGAGUGGAGCUCCUGCGUCCGUCUGUCGGCCGGUCGGAGCACUCCAUCUGCAAGACCUCAGCCCCUCCCGACGGCCCGCCUUCACUGCUAAGCGCGCCGUCGAAGGAGCGCGCCCAGUCAGGGAGACGCGGGAGGAUCGCGAGAGCCACCGGCAGUCCCAUUGGAGGCGCCCUGCGAUUCAGCAAGAGAAGGCACCCUUUGGAUCCCCGGCCAGGUCCUGUCGCCUCCCGGGUUUGGGCCGCUUUGCGCGCUUGGUGUGGAUUUUCCCCUCUGGAGUUUUACUCGACGGCACUUCGGAGAACAGGCGGCAGCUGCUGCGGGGUUUGGGGGAACGUGCGUAGCCGGGGACCCCCUUCAGGCUCUGCUCUUCUUCCUUGGCUCCCUUCCUCCUUUCUCUCCCCACCCCACCCCACCCCGUCUUUGGCCUGGGGGCCCAAAGCCAUGACUUCCAGCUACGUGCACGUUCUGGAGAGGCAACCGGCCGUCCUGCCCACGCGUCUGGAGAGCCCCGGGAACCUCGACAGCCUCCAGGCGAAAAAGAACUUCUCUGUCAGCCACCUGUUGGAUCUGGAGGAAGCCGGAGACUUGGUGGCAGCGCAGACCGACGAGGGCGUCGGGGAGAGCGGCCGCAGCCUCCUGGAAUCGCCGGGCCUGACCAGCGGCAGCGACACGCAGCAGCAGGACGGUGACCAGCUAAAUUCUGAAGAGAAGAAGAAGAGAAAGCAGAGAAGGAACCGAACUACCUUCAACAGCAGUCAGCUCCAGGCCCUGGAGAGAGUUUUUGAGCGGACACACUAUCCGGAUGCCUUUGUACGAGAAGACCUUGCGCGCCGGGUCAACCUCACUGAAGCCAGGGUCCAGGUGUGGUUUCAAAACAGACGGGCAAAGUUUCGCAGGAAUGAGAGAGCCAUGCUGGCCAACAAGAACGCAUCCCUCCUCAAGUCCUACUCUGGGGAUGUGACCGCAGUGGAGCAGCCGAUUGUACCUCGACCCGCUCCAAGGCCCACCGACUAUCUCUCCUGGGGGACUGCCUCUCCUUACAGUGCCAUGGCUUCUUAUUCUGCCUCCUGUACCAAUGCCAGCCCUGCUCAGGGCAUGAAUAUGGCCAACAGCAUUGCUAACCUGAGACUGAAGGCAAAGGAAUACAGUUUACAGAGGAACCAGGUGCCAACAGUGAAUUAGAGACAGCAGAGGAGUGUGGCCUCCGUUGCCGAAAGGGAAGCAACAGGUCAAAAGGGCCGCCAUCUUGCUUGGCAAUUCGUCCAUGCCCAGAAAGCCAGUCAGCCCAAACUAGGACUCAGUAUUGGGAAUAACAGCAGGAUCCAAAUAUCAAAGGAAAUAGCUUCAAAGGUGACACUUCUCUCUCCUGGAAAAUAUUGCCACUUAAAGUACCAGCAAGUCUGUUGUAGCUCAAUAUAGCAUGAGCUUCUUCAGUGAAGGAUGCAAGGCUUAUGACUGCACUUAAACUUAUCCAUUUCCUUCUCCCACCUACCCCAUGGACCGUUCAUUAGUUUCUGUGCCAGCCACUCACCCCUUUUGUUCAUAGGCCUUCUGGGAAAAGAAAUAUGGAUUUCUGGAACCAAAGACUCCAUUGUUCAUCACCACUUCCAUCACUCAAAAGCAAUAGUGGAUCACAUUUAAAGUUGUGACUGCCAGCACACACCUGGGUGCCUUCGUGUUCAAGUCUUUAUAUCCAUUGCCUGGAAAUUAUUUUCCUUCUUUCCUUCUUCUUGUUAGUAAUUUGAGGCCAAUCUUGAUUUAGAAGUGUGUCUCUCUGUGUGUGUGUCACUGUUUGUUCUGCCACAGUCUCUUUGAUACUGUUAUGUUGGUUGCAGGAGAUUUAAAAACGCCAGAUACGAAAGUAUGUUAUUUUGAACCCAUUUUUACUGAUGUAGGAAUAUGCAAGUUUUCAAGUCACACAGAACUCAUUUUAUGAGAAUGUAAGUGUGUGCACUUGAGGCACUCAAAAGCCUGUGUAUGCUUCCAGCUUCUUGGAAAACCCAAAGAAGAGCAGAGUCCAGAUUUGCAGGUGCUGUCCAUGGGAAUUAGUUUUCUGUUUAAAAAUUGGAGGCCUAAUCUGGCACAGAGUUACACAUGCUUACAUCCCUGGAUUUCAGUGGGCUUAAAUGUGUGCACCUCUGUUGGAUUGUGGCCCCGCGUAACUUUCUUGCUACUUUUGUUUCAUGCCACAUUCAGCAGUGUUGUCCAGAAUCAUUUGAUUUAUAUAUACUGUAUAUAUUUAUAUAUAUAAAAUAUACAUGCAAGCUU